AUGGAUCUGUCUCAGAUGAGCGAUAGCACUAAAGUCGACCUUUGCCGGAAAUACUUCAUAAUAGGAUUGUUCUGUCUUCCCUUAGUAUGGCUCACUAAUGUGGUCUGGUUUUUCGGUGAAGCGUUUAUACGACCGUCUUCUGCUAUCACUCCAACCAUCCGUACGUAUGUUAUUCUUAGUACUAUAGGAGUACUGUUUUGGCUUCUCGUUUUAUGUGGCUGGGAAAUCAUUUUUCAGAGCUAUCGCUCACGAGGUGUGGCUUGGGCUGAUUACCUAACCUUCAUUUUUCCAGUGGGAAGAGUUUAG